AUGAGUAACCUACAAUCAAGUCCAUCAGCAUUUGAUAUAUACUUUAUAAAUAUAAAUCAAUUAGCAUAUCAAUUUAAUAAAUUAAUACAUUUAGAUAAUGAAUUUAAUAAUCAAUUACAAAAUAUAUCUGCUCAAAGUUUAGAGUUAAUGAAUGAGUAUCAAUCAUUGCAUCCAUCUUACAAACUAAUGAUAUCUUAUUUGAGUUCACAACAACAACAACAACAACAACAACAACAAAUCACUAAUACAGAUAACAAACUAUCAGAAUUUAAUGAAUCGUGGGCAUGUAAAAUUAUUGAAUCUUUUGAAAGUCUGAAACUGGAAUUGGAUGAUGAUAUAGCAAAAUACAAUAGUCAAAACCAAGGUUUGAAGCCUGAAGAAUCUGCAAAAUUAUAUACUCAAAUUAAAUCAAUAGUUAUAAAAUUAAUUAUCCAAACAAAUUAUCAAGACGCGAUCACAUAUUUAAAUCAUUAUACUAAUCUAGUUGAUUUUUCAAAUCAACCCAAAACUAAAGAAGUAUUCAUUAGCAACAGAUAUAUUGAAUUUUUGUUUUUAAAAUAUGUCAUCAAUUUAUUCAAUUUAGUUUGGUUUCCUUCAUCAGUCAGUGAAACUAAUGAACUUAGUGGUGACAUUAACGCAUCUAGUUCAGUAUCAUCAUCAUCAUUUAAAACUUUAACUAAACUAUACAAUCUUUCAACUACGUAUCAUACCAAAAAUAUUGCAUGGUUCAAUGAACAAGAUGAUGAAACUAAAUAUUAUUGGCUUUUAAAACUAUUUAAUUUAAGUAUCAUAUUCAAACAAUUUCAAUUCGUUGAAUUUUACAAUGAUUUUACAACCUUGUUACUUUCCAAAAAUGAAUCAUCAAAUUAUUUAAUCACUACAUUUUUACAAAAUCAACCAUUAUUGAAAAGAAAUCUUAUGGUCAUGUAUUCAAUUGUUUUGGUCUUUGUCAAACCAUUUAAUGUUCUAAAAUCAAUAAAUAUAGAAAAUGAAGAUAUUAUAGAUUUAUUCAACGAAGAUCCAAGAUCAAUUGAAUACAAAUUUUACAAUGCUAUAAUAAACCCAUUAAGUAAAUUUGAUAUAAUAGAAGUUAAAACCCAAUUAAAUAAUAAAUUAUUAAAUUUUGAAAUAAUAUCAAGUAUUGGAUAUCUAUUGCCCACGUCAUCUACUACAAAAGUUUCUAAUAUAUUUUCAUUUUUAGAAUAUUUAAACAAGAUUAUAGAUUUUAAAAAUUUCUUGUUGGUUUUAUCAAAUAUUGAUAGAAUUUCAAAAUUACAAUUGUUGAAACUUUUGGGGUAUAAUGUAGAUGAUACAUCACCUGAAUAUGUUGAAAAUUUAAAUGAAAUAACUCAAAUGUUAAUUACAAUUAUGUCAGCUUUGCAGCUAGGUAAAGUUGGAAUAAAAUAUUUAAUAGCUGAAGAAGUUUUUGUUAAUGAUUCAAAUGACCCUAAAUUUGAUCUAGAAGUUGCUCAAAAUCAAGAGGAAAUAGAUGAAUUGACUACUAAUUUAAAAUCUGAUUCAAUUUGUGCAUUAAUAACAAAUAUAUUGACUGAAAAAUAUUCACAAAUUGAAGAAUCAAAUUAA